AUGUAUGGGAAGUGUGGCAGCCCGGUGGAAGCUCAGGAGUUCUUCGACUCCAUGACGGCUAGGAACAUGAUCUCCUGGACUUUGAUGAUCACGGCCUACACUCAGCAUGGGAAUCCACAGGAGGCUCUCAACCUUUUCAAGAGGAUGGACGUGGAGCCGAGUGGUGAUGAAGACGAGAGACGCUUUCGCUUGCAAUGCGAUGAUCGCCCCUUCACACAGCACGGUCGUAAGAAACAGGCACAGUCAGGAUUUACAGGAAGAUGGAGCAGGAGGGGAAUCACGUUCGUGAGCGUCCUGGUUGCUUGCAGCCAUACUUCACUCGUGGCUGAUUGUCGAGAUUUCCUCCAGUCUUUGGUGAUGGACCACGGGGUGGUACCAUUGGUGGAGCACUACCUUUGCAUGGUGGACGUUCUGGGCCGCUCGGGAAGACUGGGAGAUGCCGAAGAGCUGGUGGAAACUAUGCCAUAUCAAGCAGACGCAGUGGCCUGGAUGACUUUACUGUCGGGUUGCAAGCGCCACGGUGACUUGGAUCGUGGCGAGAGAGCCGCCAGGAAAGUUUUCGAGCUAGCACCGGCAGAGACUCUCCCUUACGUCUUCCUCUCCAACAUGUACGCCGCUGCCAAGCGAUUUGACGACGCUCGAAGAGUCCGGAAGGAGAUGGAGGAGCGCGGAGUGACGAGGCCAGUGGCAGUAAGCUACAUCGAGAUUGACAACGAGCUACACAUGUUCACGAGUGGUGGUAGAGACGAGCAGCAGGAGGGUCACGACGGCCGGACGAUGGAGAGGGUCCGGUCCCUGCUGCUGGAACUUUUAGAGCCCAUGAAGCAAGCUGGAUACGUCCCCGACACGAGGGAAGUUUACUUGGAGCAGCAGGGUGUCACAAGCGAGGAGGAGAAACAACGUAGCCUGUGUUUCCACAGCGAAAGGCUUGCCAUCGCCUACGGAUUGAUCGCUGCCAAAGAUCCAGACGAUUCUCGUCCGCUGAGAGUCGUCAACAGCCACCGGAUGUGCUCCGACUGCCAUUCUACGAUCAAGCUCCUCUCAGAUAUCACUGAGAGGAGGAUUUUUGUGAGAGAUGGGAGCCGGUUCCACCACUUUGAGAAGGGAGCCUGCUCGUGUGGGGAUCACUGGUGA